AUGAGACCUCUCGGGACCGUUCCGACCGGCGCCGACUCUCGACGCCACACAGGCUUGGUCCCGGCUAUGGACACAAACACCUCGGACACUUACCACAACGAAUCCACCAGUGUCGGACAACCGGAUAUGGGCGACUGGAAGCCUACGGCCAGCUGGGAGCCCUGCAAGACGUCCGCCGAGCCUAUGGACAGGCAGGUGCGCCACACCCUGUCACCUACCGUCGACCGCCUCCACCUCGCCACGGACCCUAUGAUUCUCGCCACCAUUGUGGUGAUUCUAUCUCUCAUCAGUGCUGUGGUCCUCGCCAAGGUUAUCCGGAGGGGCGUUUCUGCGCCUGUCCCUCGCAAAGAGCGUCCGGUGCCUGCGCAAACCAUCUGUGAGGUAUUGGAUAGUCUCGACGUCAGCAUGGAGCCCGGCUCAAACGCGCCCCCGUCCCCCGCCACCGAUUCCCAAAACGAGCCCACCGAUUCCCAAGACGCGCCCACCGAAUCCCAAGACGAGCCCACCGAAUCCGAAGACGAACCCAUCGAAUCCAUCUCGACGUCUGACAUGAAUGUGCAAGGCUCGCUGCCACCGGAUGCCUCUACAACCUGGUAUAUGCGCACCCCGUCCGGGGCCUUCGUACAGGUCGCUCCUCACAGAUUCCCGAACGGUCAAAUCGGUUUCCUGCCUCCCUACUUAGUGGCCCUGCUCGCGCGCCCUCCUGCAACCGAGCAGUCUCACGCGUAUGACUUCCCCGCGGGCUCCCCUGGUACGCCUUCUGGCUAUCCCGAUUCCGUGCCCCGCCACCCGCGUCUGGUUCGACGGUCGAUGUCGACGCCGCUGACAUCGGGCUCGGACGACGAGUUCGUCUAUACGUCGCAAGAACAGCCGGAGGACUCCGACGAUGACUCUGUCUCUGACUCUGACCCUGCUGUUGAGGACCAAGUGAUGCUUUCGGACCGCUCGAUGCCAUCCAUGUCUGAACAGUCUACGCCUGUCUCGUCGUCUGGUUCCACACUCAAUGCACAGGCAUCGGUUUUCACCCCGAGCUGGUCACCGGCUUCGUCGUCGUCGUCGUCAUCUGUGCUGACACCAGCGUCAUCGGUCUCAUAUGGCGGCAAUGACGAACGGGGAAUGACAACGCAGGACUCCGGGGUCAAAGACGACCUGAAGCAAGCAUCCCCUCCCCCGAUCAACCUCCUCACCAAGCCCUCUCCUGAGACUCUUCACGCACGUAGUCUGGCGACCAGCAUGUGGGCACCCCAAAAGCCUGACGCAAACGACACAGAUUCACCUGGUACCAAGCGCGAAGUGCAACCGAAGUACACUCGGACCUUGAUCUACGAGACAGGAAACCGCCGGAAACGUCACUGGGAUAGUAACAUCUAUGCGGAGCCCGAACCGAUGGAACCCGAACUCACGGAACCCGAGCCCGCAGAAUUCGAGCCCGCAGAACCCGAACCCGCAGAACCGACACCCGCGUCUCCGUUUUUUGACUUAAAUUUUGACUUCGGCAGCUUACCUUCAUACCGCCCCCCUUCCCGGGGAAGCAGCUCUUCGGGUACUCGUGACACGCGGGGCAAGGGCUUCUGUUCGUCGGCUCCAUCUACGCCUGCGCUUGGACACGGACGCACUCUCUUUGAGGACGACAUUGAUCCCUGUCCAAAGCGCAUCAGGCGGGAGAGUUCGCCUAUGCCGACUCCUCGGGCACCGUUGUCAUCAGAUAUAGACACUUACACUAGCCUUGAGAGUGCGCCGCAUCCCAGCUCGCCGACAUCACCUGAGCUGCCCUCCACGUCUUCUAGCAGCACCCCUUCCGUCUCCGUGGCCGACCCAGCUCCAUUCUUCCCUACAAGCGGAGGCUUGCAGGAUAGUACGCGGGCCUCCGCGUCUUCUAGCACCACUCCUUCCGUCUCCGUGGCCGACCCAGCUCCAUUCUUCCCUACAAGCGGAGGCUUGCAGGAUAGUACGCGGGCCUCCGCGUCUUCUAGCACCACUCCUUCCGUCUCCGUGGCCGACCCAGCUCCAUUCUUCCCUACCAGCGGAGGCCUGCAUGCCAGUAGUGGUGGCUAUCAAAACCGUAAUGGACUACAGCCGCAGGGCCCUCAUCACACUGGGUCACAAGCCCACUACGGUGGUGGCGGAUCGGGUACAGGCUACAGACAUCCUACAGGGCAGUUCACCGAGCGGCCAGCGUCGUCGUCUGGACGUCGCGUCACGGACGUCGGCCUGCGACUCUUCAGCAUCAUCUAAAGCUCGUCUUACAACACUACGCACUUCCUCUUAGCAUCAUAUACCAGUAGACCCGGCUCGUACAUCUCGCGCUGCCGCCCGCUAUACCCAUGCAUUCGCAUUAUACCAACGUCGGGAAGAUACCAUCUACUGGGGACAUUCUUCAUUUGUAUCAUCAUCACAGUACAUAUAGCCAACGUCCCAGCGACAUCAACAUCACAUAGUACCGCGUACCUCACAUCGUACAGGCGGAUAGCGUCAGUAUGCAGUAAACACCAUUGUCACACUGCGCAAACGCCGUUUAUAAUAAAUCGCCCUCUUGCUCUUGCUCAA